AUGGGGGUGAGGAGGUUAGUGCGGGUGAUGGGGGGUGAGGAGGUUAGUGCGGGUGAUGGGGGUGAGGAGGUGAGUGCGGGUGAUGGGGGUGAGGAGGUUAGUGCGGGUGAUGGGGGUGAGGAGGUUAGUGCGGGUGAUGGGGGUGAGGAGGUGAGUGCGGGUGAUGGGGGUGAGGGGUUAGUGCGGGUGAUGGGGGUGAGGAGGUUGAGUGCGGGUGAUGGGGGUGAGGAGGUUAGUGCGGGUGAUGGGGGUGAGGAGGUUAGUGCGGGUGAUGGGGGUGAGGAGGUUAGUGCGGGUGAUGGGGGUGAGGAGGUUAGUGCGGGUGAUGGGGGUGAGGAGGUUAGUGCGGGUGAUGGGGGUGAGGAGGUUAGUGCGGGUGAUGGGGGUGAGGAGGUUAGUGCGGGUGAUGGGGGUGAGGAGGUUAGUGCGGGUGAUGGGGGUGAGGAGGUUAGUGCGGGUGAUGGGGGUGAGGAGGUUAGUGCGGGUGAUGGGGGUGAGGAGGUGAGUGCGGGUGAUGGGGGUGAGGAGGUGAGUGCGGGUGAUGGGGGUGAGGAGGUUAGUGUGGGUGAUGGGGGUGAGGAGGUUAGUGCGGGUGAUGGGGGUGAGGAGGUGAGUGCGGGUGAUGGGGUGCGGGUGAUGGGGGUGAGGAGGUUAGUGCGGGUGAUGGGGGUGAGGAGGUUAGUGCGGGUGAUGGGGGUGAGGAGGUUAGUGCGGGUGAUGGGGGUGAGGAGGUUAGUGCGGGUGAUGGGGGUGAGGAGGUUAGUGCGGGUGAUGGGGGUGAGGAGGUUAGUGCGGGUGAUGGGGGUGAGGAGGUUAGUGCGGGUGAUGGGGGAGGAGGUUAGUGCGGGUGAUGGGGUGAGGAGGUUAGUGCGGGUGAUGGGGGUGAGGAGGUUAGUGCGGGUGAUGGGGGUGAGGAGGUUAGUGCGGGUGAUGGGGGUGAGGAGGUUAGUGCGGGUGAUGGGGGUGAGGAGGUUAGUGCGGGUGAUGGGGGUGAGGAGGUUAGUGCGGGGUGAUGGGGGUGAGGAGGUGAGUGCGGGUGAUGGGGGUGAGGAGGUGAGUGCGGGUGAUGGGGGUGAGGAGGUUAGUGCGGGUGAUGGGGGUGAGGAGGUUAGUGCGGGUGAUGGGGGUGAGGAGGUUAGUGCGGGUGAUGGGGGUGAGGAGGUUAGUGCGGGUGAUGGGGGUGAGGAGGUGAGUGCGGGUGAUGGGGGUGAGGAGGUUAGUGCGGGUGAUGGGGGUGAGGAGGUUAGUGCGGGUGAUGGGGGUGAGGAGGUUAGUGCGGGUGAUGGGGGUGAGGAGGUUAGUGCGGGUGAUGGGGGUGAGGAGGUUAGUGCGGGUGAUGGGGGUGAGGAGGUUAGUGCGGGUGAUGGGGGUGAGGAGGUGAGUGCGGGUGAUGGGGGUGAGGGUUAG